CGUCGACCAAGGGUUUAGGUCCUUACCAAGCACACAUUCGUAAAAAUUAAUCGAGUCAUUGUAAUAUGUAAUUGAACGGUACAAAAUUAUGACAGAGUUGAGUCGGGCCCGUGUUCUGAAUCCUUUUUUUAUCUAUAAAAGCCUCUAAAGAGUGGACUUGUAGCCAAUCAGUAAUACGGAGCUUGGUAAUGACUGGCAAUUUAAACAAAUUCUCCGUAUAUAGUUUUAAAAAAUAUACUAGGUCCCAAGAUCACCAAAUAUCCAGAAUUUUUACAAGCUGAAUAUUCAUUUUUUUUCUACGCACUUCAGCAUGUUAGUGCAUAAUAUAAAAGAAAUGUAUAUCAUAUGUGCCUACAACGAUAGCGAUACGAAUCCAUUUCAUGUACGUGUACUUAUAUGUAUGUACAUACACAGCCACGUGAUAUAUAGAUAUUAAGAGACCAAAGUUUACAGAGACGUGCAACGAUGAUAUUGCACAAAGCUAAACGUAUGUGUCUCGCGUCUUUUACAAUGCUGCGUACGACGAUCAAUCAGAGUGUCCGAGGUUUCGGUGCUAGCGCAUCCUCCUCGGUAAAAUGCAACCGGCUGGAAGGAAAAGUCGCGAUCGUAACGGCGUCCACGGAGGGAAUAGGUUUUUCCGUAGCGAAGCGUUUAGCGCAGGAGGGCGCGAAGGUGAUGAUCAGCAGCCGUAAGGAGGCGAACGUGAGAAGGGCCGUGGAGGAACUCAAGGCCGAGGGCCUGCAGGUCGCCGGUACCGUCUGCCACGUGGGAAAGGCAGAGGACAGGAAAAAUCUGUUUGAAAAAACCAAAAGCAGCUUCGGAGGCCUGGAUAUUUUGGUGUCCAACGCAGCCGUCAAUCCAGCGGUCGGCCCAGUAUUGAGCUGCGACGAGCAAGUGUGGGACAAGACCUUUGACAUCAACGUCAGGUGUACGUUCUUGCUGUUGAAGGAAUCUCUGCCGCUUCUCAAAUGCAGCAAAUCACCUUCCAUCAUCAUCAUGGCCUCGAUCGCCGGCUACCAGCCCUUCGAGUUAUUGGGCGUAUAUUCCAUUUGCAAAACCGCUCUACUGGGCCUGAUCAAAGCCACCACAGGCGAUCUCGCGCACGACGGGAUCCGCAUAAACGGCAUCGCGCCGGGGAUAAUAAAAACUAAAUUCUCAAAGUCGUUGUACGAGACGGAAGAGGCGCACGAAAUUGCCAAAAUGCAGAGCAGCAUGGGAAGACUCGGGGUGCCAGACGAGGUCGCAGGCGCAGCUGCGUUCCUAGCGAGCGACGACGCUUCUUAUGUGACCGGCGAAACCAUAGUAGUGUCUGGCGGCAUGAAAUCGAGGCUUUGAGUCGUUUUGCAAUAAGUUUCGGUUUUAAUCGGUGAACAAUUCUCGACGCAGCCGGCAAUCGAUUCGCUGGUAGAAGUUACAAAGCGCUCGGCAAUUUCCAAGAAUAAAUUGACGCCGGUUGUGUCGAAAAUGACUGAUUGAUUAUCUCCUGGCGAAUACUACGAAUUUACACUCGGGUCGUUUUUAACUUGUACACAUGUGCGUGUCGCGGUGUCCGCAACGAGACUUCAAGACGCAAGGUUUGAGAAAGUGGCCCGUUGAAAAUCGGAGUCGAUUAUUCUCACCGCAUUCGUCCGCGAUUACCUAGUCGGUUUUUCUCACGUCUUGAAAUUUCGUUGUAGCGCCGCGUUAAGGGUGCCGGGAAAUUUUUGUAAAAGUUUUGAUAUGUUAUUACGUAAAAGCUUGUACAUACUGACUUGGUGUACUUAUGCAAUGUAUAGCGUACACGAAGAAAUGGUAAAAAGUAUUGCAUGAAGAAAACGUAAAGUACAAAACUAAUCAAGUUACAUGUUUAAUUAUA